UUUUCCGGGUCUGACUCUGCGAUGUGUCCUACUUGCCCACGCUGUAUGGGCUCUGCCCGGACUCCGACAAGCAGGGGGCAGCCUAAGCGGGCCCUGGAAGGAAGGUUGCCGACACGGGUGGGCCGAGGCGGCCACGUCCGGGCUGGGGCAGAUCCCGUGAAGACGGCAUCCGUGGGCCCAGGAGCUGCCCGGACCCAGCACAAGCGCUGGGGCCCAGGUGAAGUUGACUUUCCGGGCUGGGGCGAGGCUGCGGCAGUUUCGAGGUCUCUGCCGGGCCCUGCCCUCACCCGGAGGGCCGCACUGACCUUCACGGCCCCAACCACCCUCGUCACCACCCUGGGGCCCCCACCCACCCAUCCUGACCCCUGCCCUGGGGCCCCCACUCAUGGCCUCCGUGACCUCAGCGCUGGGCUCCCCCGUCCACCUUCCACAGGCCCUGAACGCCUGGCCCCCCCGCACCCAGGGCUGGCAGAUGAAGAGGUGGACGGCAGGGUUCUUGGGAAUACCCAGGGUGCAGGGGCUGGAGACAGUGAACCCCUCCUGGGGGCCACCGCCACAGCCUGCCCCUGGGCUGGGAGAGCAAGGGAGGGUGAGGAGGGGGAGCCAGCGGGGGAACCUGGGCAGGAGGAAUGCCCCAUCUGCACAGAGCCCUACGGGCCCAGUGAGCACCGCCUGGCGCUGCUGAACUGUGGCCACGGCCUGUGUGUGGACUGCCUGCACCAGCUGCUGGUCGCGGCCCCCAGCGCCGACCUGGGCCGGGUCUGCUGCCCGCUGUGUCGCCAGAGGACACCCAUGCUUGAGUGGGAGAUCUGCCAGCUGCAGAAGGAGCUGCUGCAGGCGGACGGGCCCCAGGGCCCACGGCCCCCCACGCCCCCUGCACCUGCCCGCCGCGGCCCUGGGCCCUGGGCGUCCCUGGAGCACCGGUACCAGCUCCGCUUCCUGGCAGGACCCGUGGGCGGCCGGGGCUGCCUGCCUUUCCUACCCUGCCCGCCCUGCCUGGGUGCCCGGCUCUGGGCCUUGCGGGAACGGGGACCCUGCUCCCGCCGCCUAGUGCUGCUGGGCCUGCUGGCCCUUGAGCUGCUGGGGCUGCUGCUCAUUUUCACGCCGCUCAUGCUGCUGGGGCUCCUCUUUAUGCUGCUGGACCGCGCUGGCCACUAAGCAGGGCCCGGCACACCUGCCGCCCGUGCCACCAGGGCCGCCGAGGGGCCAGGAGGCCCGGGCUUGCCCUUAGGCCUGAAGGCCAAGCUGAAAAACCCAAGACUGAGUGGGGCACUGGCCUUCAAUCGAGAACCAGGUCUGGGGCCAGGGCUACCCAGGAACCUGUGUUCAGCCUCCGACCGAGCCAGAGACUUCAAACUACCCUGCUGCCCAGACGCUACUGAUGCCCAAGGGCGGUGCUGGAGGAGGUCUGCAACCAGGGCCCCCCAAGCACCCCCUCGAUGGAAAGGUCCCAAACUGACACAGCCGUCUUCACCCCGUCUCCCUGCCCCACCCGGCCUGCCUGCAAGAAGGACACAGCGGACACGAAAGUGAACAGAGACGUCUGGUAGUGAGGUGACUCCUUGAAGAGAGUGGGGCCCUGGGUGCAGGUCCCCCCAACCUGGUCAUGUUCCAGAUGAGGGCCAGCGUGUAUUCCCUGAAGGACGGGGCACCAGAGGGGAGGGGCCCUUGCCACGCAAGCUCAGGCCACAAAUAGCUCCCUCCCUGGCUGGGUCAGGACCCAAGGGGGCGGCCCGAGCGGCCAGGCGCCCGAACUGCAAGGAACAAGGGCCCCGCCAGGCCUUGGAGCUGGGGAGCACUGAGCUGAGGCCCAGUGCCCUGCAACCUCAUGUCAUUGGGCCCUUUAUCUAAAGGACAAACACAGCACGACCUCGCGGGCUUGUGCCCAGCGCAAGGAAUGCCUCUCAAUAGACAGCAGCUGCUCCUGAAACCACUGUUACUGUGUUCUUGCUGUCUCUACCCCUUCUUCAGCAUCCGGGGACUCUCCCCAACCCUUCCCUCCUCCCCCCCUCCACUGCAAAGGCUCUUCCCCAAAUCCAGGUAGUGGAGUAUGAGAUAGAAGGCCCCCGAGUCCUCCUACCCCACCAGGAUCUCAGCCAGUCUUGGUCUCAGUCCUGGCUCAGAUUGGCCCAAAGGCCCUUCCCAUUCAAGUUCAGAGGGUCUGGUGGGCACCGGGAGCCCGGUGGACUGAGGUGUCCCCCGUACAGCUGCCCCCACAUCCAGGGGCCGGUGCAGAGGACGUGUCUGCCCUUUGCCCAUUCUGCACCUCUGCCCACACCAGCACACACAGAAGGCUGGCUCUGCACAGACGUGCGGGGCAUUCACGUGCACACACGCACGUGCACAUCCAGGCCCAGCCCUCCUGAGCGGCAUGCCUGGCCCAGCCUGGUCCCUCCCUGGCA